AUGCGAUUGAACAAGGAAUACCAUCAAAACCAUUCGGAACAAGAGCGUGAAAUUCGACGACGCACAUUCUGGGCGUGCUUACAGCUUGACAGGAUGCUUGCUUUCUACCUGGUCAAACCGCGCACCCUAUCUUUGAGGAAUAUCAGUAUCGCCCUCCCCGGUAAUGAUGUUUCUCUCGCAUAUGGCGAGAAAUCCCGAGCAACAACACUAGAAAGUUUACAGACUUUCAGUGGAACUAUUUCAGAAAUUGGGCUCCAGCCAUACUUGAUCAAGAGUCUUUGUCUAUGGAGUGACUUGGCAGAUUUUCAUGUCACCCAGGAGCGCAUGGUCUCAACCCUCCUACCUACAAACCCCUCUAGUCGCUUUGCACAACUUUCUUCUUCCCUUCAGAGCUGGGAAAAUAUUUUACCACCACGUAUACAAUGGUCGGAAGAGAAUUAUAGAAUACACCUUGACCUCGACAGCGGAGGUGUAUACUUGGCCAUCCAUUGUCUACUGAAAAGUGCACGUUGUGUUUCCUAUCAAGACUACCUGCCCCAAACAGACGGAAACUCGAUCUCUUUGGACUAUGUGGACCCUGCAGGAUGGCCUCUUCUCCAUAGAGAACCAUCUCUAAUAUCAAUCUGCCUGUCUCAUGCUUUGCAAAUGGGCGAGAUGAUUGCAACCCACCUAACCUCUGAUCAAGAUUUCAAGAACCAAGGACAAUCCACCAUGAUAGCUCUUAGUAUAUUGUCUGCAGCUAGCCCUCUUUUAUGGUUACAGUAUUCGCAAGGCUCUCAUGGGUUUGAUAACGACAGAGACCGCGCUGGAGUCUACUUUGAGAAUUAUAUAAAGCUCUUCAGAUCCUGGCGAGAGGCAUGGGCUGUCGCAGGUAUCUGGCUGCGACAAUUGGAGGAGAUGCGCGCUCUAUAUCGAUUUGCGUAUCUAGGUGCCAUAGAAGAUGAGGACUCUACACCGUCACCGACAAACGAGCCGAGCAUUGCCGUUGGGUAUAACUCACAGUCUCCAGAAUACCGCCCAAGCCCCGGUGAUGGAACGCCGCAGGCCAAUAUUCCAAAAUCUCUUUACGCGCUGCUUCGUCUCAACAGAGUCGCGACUCUAGACCUCCGUGCAGAAUACCAGUCAUCAGUCUGGCUGACAUUAAUGCAGGGUUGGCCACGAAGUGGUGAUUCUGAUGUCUGGGAUGACUUUCCACGAAACGAGGUUUCUUAUGCAUCUGUGAACUGGUGA